AUGCCAAUGGUAAAAAUAAUUUUAUUAUUUUUGAUCAUAUCAGCUACCUUUGUGGAUGCUCGUGUGCGUCGUAAACGACGUCAAUUAUCAUCAGCAAGUUAUUAUAUCUCAGAUGUAAAUCCAUAUUCCGGCUCUUAUUCUCCAUCAUCACCUUUAACAUAUCCAUCAGGUUCAUAUUAUAAUGCUCCUAAUUAUGGUUAUUCAAAUACGGGCUAUAAUGGAGAUCAACCUGAUAUUACGAAUUAUUACGCUAAUGAUUUAAGUCAAUAUGGUCCAGUAUAUCCGCCUAAUUAUAAUAUGCAGUAUCCGUUGGGACCAAGUCAGCCUUAUGAACUUCCAAAUUUAGGUAGUGCCUAUGGUAGUGGACUGUAUGGAGCGUACGGAACACUGCAAUAUGGUUAUGGAGCUACAGGAUUUAAUAAUCGAUAUCCUAAUUGGCAACAAGGGAAUGUUGCUCAAUAUUUUACAGGUGGAACAGGUAGUGGUUUAGUUCUUCCAAAUUAUCAGUGGUAUCGAUCAAACAGAAAUGUUCCUUUCCAAGGACGAUCAGGUGAUGGUCGCGAUCGCAGUUCUAUUGGACUAAAUCCACCUGUGCCUUCUGACAAGUCGGCCGCAAUUAGCCCACGAGUCAAGCGAAAAGCUUAA